GUGCUCUUGGCUUGGCUACUGCGGUUUCAAAAAAUUGGCUGUCGGUUCACGAGAAACCGCCAGUAUGUUGCGUGCGUUUAGACGCUGCGAUGGACACGGUCAAGGCGCCGAAAGCGCUGCUCCAUGAAGAUGCCAUGACCAAGAAGAUGGAGGGCGACGUCCUCGUCCGGCACGGCGACUAUGAGAAGGCGAUCAUUUGCUACAACAAGGCGUGUUUUAUUAGCCCCGACGACUAUACUCUCUACGCGUCGCGCGGGUCGGCGUACGCCAAGCUCUGCGACUUCAAGUCGGCCAUUGGCAACUUUAAGAAGCUGCUCUCGCUCCAAAGCAACCCGCCCCAAGCCAUCAAGGAAGAGAUCGCAGCUGUCUUCAACGCCCAUGGCUACUCGUUUCUUCUCGACAAGGAGUACUCGACGGCGAUCGUCUACUUGACAGAUGCAGUCGCACUCGACGCGCUCCAGGCCAACUACUGGCUCCAUCGGUGCAUGGCGUACUUGGGCCUCACCCUCUGGACAAAGGCGCUCAAGGACAUUGACCACGCAAUAUGCAUUGACGCCAACGACGCCGACAUUCUCGUGCUGCGCGCCAAGCUCCACUGGAAGCUCGGACUCAUUGAUAAAGGCAACACGGAUAUCUCCCGGGCGUUCAAGCUCUGCCCCAACCACCCCGAGGUGCUGGACUUUGAGCGAAAAAUGUGGUACCAGUCCCAGCACUUGCACGACUUGGCGUGCCGCCACAUUUUGGGCCGCGACUUUGCCAAGGCACUCGACUGUCUCAAUUCGUGCAUCAACUUCAAUGCGGAAGACCCCAAAGUGCUCAUUUUGCGCGCAUCGGUCUUUCGAGAGCUCCGAGACUACCGCGCAGCACUCACCGAUGUCGAGCGGGCAUCACGGUCCUUCUUUGGCAAGCAAUUUGGCGACGAGCUUGACGAGCACAUGCGGCACGUCCUGCCAACAGAAGAGCACCCCGAGAUUAGCCGGCAGCGCAACCUCAUCCUCAACGACAUGGCCAUCAUGCACAUUCAGGCUGGUGACUUUGAGGCGGGUCUUACGGCCAUGAACCAGGCGAUCGCGUCGGAGAUUGAAACGUCGUCGCGCUUUGAAGGCAAAGCCAUCGACUACCGGUAUUACAUCAACCGCGGCGACUGCUACCGCGCGCUUGGGAAGCUCCAAGCGGCGCUUGCCGACUACAACACGGCGCGGGAGCUCCAGCCAACCGACACGGAGAUCCACACGCGAAUUGCGAUGAUUCGGUACCACUUUGGGCUCGAGCUCUUCAACCGCGCCGCGUUUGAUAAGGCUGAAAUUGAGUUUUCGUCGGCGAUCCGACACAACCACAAGGUGCCUGCGUUCUUCAUUCGGCGCGGCGACUGCUUUCGGUACAUGGACCAGAGCCAGCUGGCGUACCAAGACUACCUCGUGGCCUCACGCUUGGCACCGGACGACGCCGAGGCCAAGGUCAAAGUAUCGCAAUAUGCGCAGUAUGGCGCAAGCGAAGGGGUCGUCGCGCCACGGCACCAACGCCGCGCACGGGCGCCAACGACCAAGCCGACAAGUGUCGAGCGAGCAUGGCGCGGCGCCGUCCAGAAAGACAAAGCGUACAAGGCCCUCCUCAACCAACGACCCGACCUUGCCUCGCCGUCCAAAGACCGGAUCCAGCCACUGCCGUCCACGACCUUUGAGGAAUAUUGUCGCGAGCUGCGUUCAUAAAGAGUUUUAGAAAUCUUUGUACAAGA